AUGUUCCGUGUUGCUGCGAGAAAAUCUGUAAGUCAGUCAAUUAAAAGCGUUCGUCAGCAGUCAUCACAACCAGCUUCUCCAAGUCCUGCUGUUGCACCAAAGAAAUCGGGGGUUGGGAAAGCUUUGGUUGGUCUUACAGUUGCAGGAGCUGGAGGUGCAAUUGGCUACGCAUAUGUGGAUCCAGAGUUCAGGCAAAAGAUUGAAACAACUAUUCCACAAUCAAAAGAAGUUUUGGACAAGAUUCUAGGAGAAACAAAAAAGAUUACGAUUCAACCGCUUCCAGGAAAACUUUCAAGCCUAGAGGAACCAAAAAAAGUCAAGGACGUUCUUCCACCUUUGGAGAAAGUUCCACUUCCGCCGGUAUCCAGACCACCAAUUAAUGUUGAUCCAGUCGAUGUGAAGAAAGAAGUUGCCCCAAUUGUAUCACCAGCGGUUGAAUUGGAAAAAAACAAGCAAUUGGAAGAUAAACUGAAAAAAGCUAUCCUCUCUGCCGAAGGAAAGGUUCGUCUUGCGACUGAUGCAAAAUUGCGCACGAUUAAUGCCAUCAAUGAGCAUGCAUCUGUCCUGAAAAAAACGGUCGAUGACGCUAAAAACGCCAAAUGGGAAAAUGUGACCUCCGCUCUUCAACAAGCAGAAGCAGAAGCUAAAAAAGAUAGUGUUCAUGAAGUCGAUGGAAGAAAUUACAUUGAUCUGCUUUUGAAGGUCGUUAAUGAUGGAAAAAAUGAUCCACUAACCGCCACAAAUCCUCUUCUUUUAAACGCACAAGAAACAGCCAUUAAGCUUUCCCAUCAGUUAGAUGAGGUCAAUGCCCUUGUGAACAAGGCUCGUCAAGAAUCUUCAGUUCUUAAUCAGUACAAGGACCUGAUUGAAAAAUCGAGAGAGCAAUUUGCAUUGGAGAUGAAGAGUAUCCUACCGAACGUUGAUAUUAAUGCUAGGGGAAAAAAUCUAACCGAGGAAGAGCUAAACGCUUUGAUUGCGCAUGCUCAUCUUAAAGUCGACCAGCUUCGUCGUCAAUUAACCGAGCAACAAGUUCGCGAAGAAGCUCAUAUUGCUCAAGCUAUUCAAGAGCAGAAACUUGCCGAUGAAAGAAUUGCAAACGAGAAGUUAUCCAUUGAGCUGAACAGAGUUUCCAAGCAAAAAGAACUGGAGAUCGAGAGAGCGCUCGUUAGCAGUCGUAGUUCAUGGGAAGAGGAGCUGGAAAACCAAUUGAAGCGAACUUCAGCAGCCCAUUCAGAACAUCUGGAACAAGUCAUUCGUACACAAAGACAAUUGUUCGAGAUUGAGCACAAUCAAAAAGUUGAAGAGGCGGUUCUUCGCGAACGUGAUCUACAUAGUAAGCAAGUCGGUUUGGCACUGAGUCGUCUUGAAGGAAUCGAAGAUGUUCUAGGAAGUCGUAUAGCUUUGGAUAAUGAGAAUCGUCGGGCUAAACAAUUCUGGAUUGCCUGCCACAAUUUGAUUGAUUACAUUAAACACGGAAACAAGGCUGGAAACACAAUUGAUGACAGGCGGCUCCCACUGACAGAAUCUCUUAAAUUGUUGAAGGAAGUCAAUCCGGAAGACGAGUUUGUUAAAACCAUUAUUGACGCAUUCCCAAAACAAUCGACCACCGAAGGAACCUACACUGAACAAGAUUUGAAAAACAGAUUCAAUAAGCUAUACAAAGUUGGACGUCGAACAGCAUUGAUCGAUGAUAAUGGAGGAGGCCUUGGAGCAUACUUUUGGUCGUAUGUCAAGUCAAUAUUGCUUAUCGAUCUGCCGAAAAAAUAUGAGAACGAUUUGGUGAAUAUCAGCAACAUUGAUAAUAUUGAGAUUCUUGCUUUGGCGAGACACUAUGUCGAGAUUAAUGAUUUGGAUAAGGCAGUUCGCGUCGUUCAACUGCUGAAUGGCGAGCCAGCUCGUCUCGCCCGUGAUUGGGUGAUCGAUACCCGUGCUUACUUGGAGUCUCGGCUUCUAGCCGAGUUACUUGUCGCUCACGCCGCUGUCUCAUCGAUAAGAUCAACGUACUAA